AUCUCAAUUACUUAAUUGGUUGAUAAACAACAGUGAAACUGUACGGGAAAAUGUAAACUUUGCUCGGCAGCAGAAUAGUUUGUGUAAAUUCAAGUAUCAAAUUCAUCGCUGCAGAUCCUGACAAUAUCCGAUUUUAGGAUUUUUGUGGCCGGGAUCAUCCCUGGACGAUCCUAGUCUGUGAGAAAUGGAGAGUGCUGAGGUAGAAAAAGCUGAAAAUCCGGGUUCUGACGGAGCUCCGGGCGAGAAGGAAUCCAGCAAACCCGACUCACCGAAGCCAGAUCAGGAGGUCGCUCCGCCACUGAUAACCACAGCAAAACCGGAAGACAAGAAAGAUGAGCCGAAGAAGAAAGCUGCUGAGGGGGGCACUGAGAAACGCAGACGUGGUCCACCGCCUCCACUCUCACAGAAGGGGCCUUCGUCCGUAGCCAAGAAGAACGUGGUCAUGUCUACCGAGGCCAUGAAGGAGAUGGCUAAGCAGGCCAAGGCAAACCGGGACGAGAGAAGAACAGCAAUGGAUGCCAGACACCAGUUUCUUUUUGUCAAGCUUGCUGAGGCUAUUGGCAUCGAGGUGACCCAGGUGGAGGAGUAUCUCCUCAGCGAUGACAAGUUUGAUCUGAUCGAGGAUUUCUUUGCCAACAACGGUGCACGCAAGCUGAUGUUCUACUACCAGGAAACCGCAUCGAGAGAAACGCUCUUUUCCAGGACAGAUACUUCCAGCAUAGCCACCCACCAGCCCCUCCAGAAGCGCCUCUUCCUGACGACGGGGACCUCGGAGGGUCUGAACGGAAUGUGCUACUUCUUCAUCCGCACCACCUCCAAGCCACUGACCGUCCAGAAUGUCUCCCAGGAGGUCAACUUCGGCAUGAUGGACGCCUCAGGAGGCAAGAUCCUGGAUGGCUUGCAGACGCUGCUGAAGAAAGUCAUGGUGCCUGCGCUCAAGACCCAAGACAGUUGGGGCGAAAUCAAAGACAACGGUCAGAUAUCGGACUUCCUUGACCAGCUGGACCGUUUCAUCAACAGUCUGUCCAUAGCCAAGGGCAACAUGGAGGGCAAGGUGCAGCUGUGUGAACACGAACACCUGGAGUCUAUGUUGGAUUCACUCAAGACGGCCAGCGACUUCCAGCAGGCUGCUGCUGUUCCCGACACCGUGGAGAAACUGGAGGAGCUGAUCCUGCAGUGGGCUAAGCAGAUCGAGCAGGUCCUUGCCAAGAGUGAGCAGAUGCGUAAAGAAGCCGACGACAUCGGCCCGGCGGCCGAGCUGGACCACUGGAAGAAACGCAUGGCCAAGUUCAACAGUCUCCUGGAGCAGAUCAAGAGCCCACGGUGUAAGGCCGUGGUAGGGGUGCUGCACGCCGCCAAGUCUAAAGUGCUCAAGCAGUGGAAGGAAUUGGACAUUCGUAUCACAGAUGCAGCUAAUGAAGCCAAGGACAAUGUGAAGUACCUAUACACCCUGGACAAAUUCUUCGGACCACUGGUCAAGUGUGAUCCAUGCGUGAUGGUGGAGCACAUCCCGAGCUUGAUGAACGCCAUCCGCAUGAUCCACAGCAUCUCUCGCUACUACAACACCUCCGAGAGAAUGACCUCCCUCUUUGUCAAAGUGACCAAUCAGAUGAUCACCACCUGCAAGGCCUACAUCAACCGCGACGCCAGCAAGAUCUGGGAGCUGGACAGAUCUGAUCUUCUGAAGAGACUGAAUGACUGCAUCUACCUGAACGAUGAGUACCAGAAAUGCUUCCACAAGACCAAGGAACGACUGAAAGAGACUCCAGAGGAGAGACAGUUUGAGUUCAGUGAGAACUACAUCUUUGGCAAGUUUGACACCUUCUGCAAGCGUCUGGAGCGCAUCGCCGACAUGGUCAACACCAUGGAGAGCAUGAGCUCGUUAGGGGAAGUCAAGAUUGAAGGCAUUGAAUCCAUCUUCAUCCGUUUCCAGGGCAUCACUGGAACCUACAAGAAGAAGAACUACGACGUCCUCGAUCACCGCAAAGGGGAGUUUGACGUUGACUACUUGGAGUUCCGGUCUCUGAUGGACAGCGUGCAUGGCCAGCUGCAAGGCUUCGUGGACUCGUGGUUUGAAAGACCCCUCACUACUGACAGGGCCCUGGAUCUCCUCACCAAGUUUGAGAAGAUCUCGGGCGCCCACCUGAACCUGACCGACAAGUACAUGAAGGUGUUGACCAACUACGGCCGGGACCUGGAGACCGUCCGCAAGCUGUACCAGAAGGGCAAAGACGACCCGCCGGUCAUCCGCAACAUGCCCCCCGUGGCCGGCAAGAUCAGCUGGGCGCGUCAGCUGUACCGGAAGAUCGACACGCCCAUGAGGGCCUUUAAGAAGAAACCGGAGAUUCUCAGGACUCAAGAAGCAAAGAAGAUUAUUCGUAACUUCAACAAGAUGGCUGCUGUACUUCUGGAGUAUGAGCUUCUGUACCAUCGAGGCUGGUUCCGGGCUGUGGACACCAUCCGCUCAGGCCUCAACUCCUCCCUGCUGGUCCGGCACCCAGAGACCAAGGAGCUCUUCGUGAACUUUGACCCCCAGGUGCUGGAGCUGAUCGCCGAGGCCAAGUACCUCAGCAAGAUGAACCUGGAGAUCCCUGAGUCGGCUGGCGUUCUGAUCCUGAAGGAGGCUGAGAUUAAGGCUAACUACAUCGCGCUUGUGGAGUUACUGCAUGAGUAUGACCGCAUCGUGGCUACCAUUCCCAACCUGGUGCUGCCACUGAUGUCGCCCUUCAGACGCCGCGUGGAGGACGCCCUCAAGCCGGGACUGACCAGUCUUAACUGGACCUCUCUCAGCCUGGAUCAAUACAUCUCCAACACCUACAAGGAGCUGAACUUCCUGGAGCGCCUGACCAAGCAGAUCUCGGACCUCUUGGAUUGUCGCAUCGACCAGGUCCUGAAAGACAUGUCCUGCACCGCUCUCUGCGCCUUGCCGGAGUCGGAGCCCACCUCCACCAAGGACUUCCUGGCCGAUACUGAGAGGACCUGCAAGGAGGCCUGUGACCAGCUCUCAAGACAAAGCCAAGCUGUGGAGAAGGCGGUCCAGGAUCUUGUGGACACUCUGAAGAAUAACCUGAAGGAGAAUGAGCGUCGUAACCUGUACGACCACUACCCGUGCCUGACCCCCGACUCCAAGCACAAGCGCUGCCUGGAGUGCCUGCCUUGCUGCUUCUACACCAUGGUGGGAAGCUUCAGCCAGAGGAAUACCGAUGCUCUCAUCAAGUGCACCCGUCUGUCCCUGGACGCCAUCAAGCGUCGCCUCCAGACCUCCACCAACAAGUACACCCAAGGAGCCCAGGAGAACGAGGAUGCCAAGGUCCCUCUCUUCACCGCCAACAUCGUCCUGGCCAUCCCUAGCAUCGUCCUGCGGCCCAGCCUGGACGACGUCCAGCAGGCGGUCAACAAGGCCGUGCAGGUCAUCCUGAGGAUGGCCCAGGAUAUCCCGCUCUGGGCUCACACCAUCAUAAGCCAGAAGGCUGCGAUUAAGGAAAUGGAAGAGUCCAAAGACGACAAGGAUACCGACAAGGUGCCAAGCCUGUUGGCCAUCACCCAGAAGCCUCUGUACAAAGUCAUCAGUGAACACAAGGAUGUCUUGAAGGUGGUCAUCACGCUCAACAACAUCAUCGGCAGCAGCAAGUCAGAAUGUCAAGAGGUUCUGGACAGCUUCAAGGAGUUUAGCGAACUAUGGAAUGAGGAGCCAGACGACAAAGUGACCGAGUUCAUGGCAGGCAAACCCCUGCUGUCUGAGAUUGAAGCUCAGAUCAAGUAUUAUCAGGAACUUGAGAUGACCAUCCAGGAGAGCCCAGCCAGCUACCGCGUUGGCUCCGUCAUCUGCCUGACGGAGAAGCUCAAGGAAGCCCUGAUCGCCGAGACCAAAGCCUGGAAGCUAGCCUUCGGCAAGGCCCUGAACGCCAAGGCCUCGGCCGACAUGACCGACAUCUUCGACUUCAUCGAGAACCUCCAGAAACGCCUGGCCCGUCCCAUCAAGGACUUGGACGAUGUAAGGGGUGCCAUGGCUGCUCUCGGUGAGGUGCGGGAGUCCGAGAUACGCAUCGACAUGACCAUCGGACCCAUCGAGGAGUCCUUCGCCAUGCUGCACCGUUACGAGCUGCUGUUCCAGGAUGGUAACGCGGAGAAGGUGGACAGUCUGUCUUACAGCUGGAAGAACCUCAACAGCCAGAUGCAAAAUGUGCAAGUCACCCUGCUCAAGAUCCAGCCAGGGUUCAAGUCCAACCUGCUCAGCUUGGUGGAGGACUACCAGACGGAGGUCAGCAACUUUGUCGACGACUACACUGACAAGGGUCCCAUGGUCCUGGGCAUCGCGCCCAGCGAGGCCAGCGACCGACUCCAGCUCUUCCAGGCCCGCUUUGACGAGAUCUGGCGCAAGUACAUCACCUACUCCGGCGGUGAGGAGCUCUUUGGCCUUGCGGUCACCGAGUACCCGGACAUCCAGCGCAUCAAGCGGGAGCUGGCUCUGCUACAGAAGCUGUACCAGCUCUACAAUUCUGUCAUUGACAACGUUAACGGUUACUAUGAUAUCCCCUGGGUGGACGUAGACAUUGAGAAGAUUAACCAGGAGCUGAUGGACUUCCAAAACAAGUGCCGCAAGCUGCCCAAGGCCCUCAAGGAGUGGCAGGCCUUCCUGGAGCUCAAGAAGAAGAUCGAUGACUUCAACGAAUGCUGCCCCCUGUUGGAGAUGAUGGCCAGUAAGGCCAUGAUGACCCGGCACUGGGACCGCAUCGCCACCUGCACCAAGCACACCUUUGACGUGGAGUCUGACGCCUUCCUGCUCAGGAAUAUCAUGAUGGCUCCCUUGCUGGAGAACAAGGAGGAUAUCGAGGAUAUCUGCAUCUCGGCCGUCAAGGAGCGGGACAUCGAGGCCAAACUGAAGGGAGUCGUCAACGACUGGAGUGCCCAGGACUUCCAGUUCUCUCCCUUCAAGACUCGCGGGGAGCUCCUGCUGAAGGGAGACACUACCGGGGAGAUCAUCUCACUCAUGGAGGACAGCUUGAUGGUGCUGGGCUCGCUCAUGAGUAACCGGUACAACGCCCCCUUCAAGCCCGACAUCCAGAAGUGGGUGCAGAAGCUGUCCAACACCACGGAGAUCAUUGAGAACUGGAUGCUGGUGCAGAACCUGUGGAUUUACCUGGAGGCCGUGUUUGUGGGCGGAGACAUCGCCAAGCAGCUGCCACAGGAAGCCAAACGUUUCACCAACAUCGACAAGUCCUGGGUCAAGAUCAUGCAGACGGCCCAUGAGAACUCCAACGUGGUCCAGUGCUGCACCGGCGACGACGGCCUGGGCCAGCUCCUCCCUCAUCUCCUGGAACAACUGGAGAUCUGCCAGAAGUCCCUGACUGGCUACUUGGAGAAGAAGAGACUGGUCUUCCCACGUUUCUUCUUCGUAUCUGACCCGGCCCUGCUGGAGAUCCUUGGCCAGGCUUCGGACUCCCACACCAUCCAGAAUCACCUGGAAGGUCUGUUCGACAACGUCAAGUCGGCCGACUUCCACGACAAAGUCUACGACCAAAUCCUGGCGGUCAGCUCCCGGGAGAGUGAGAAGAUCGACCUGGUCAAGCCCGUCAUGGCCCAGGGCAACGUGGAGCUGUGGCUCGGAGAGCUGAUGAAGACCAUCUUCAAGUCGCUCCAUUCUAUCAUCCGCACGGCCAGCGUGGCCAUCGGAGACAAGGAGAACUUCAAGAUGAUUGAGUUUGAGAACACCUACCCGGCCCAGGUCGGGCUGCUGGGACUGCAGAUGCUGUGGACUCGGGACAGCGAGGAGGCGCUCAAGAAUGCUCGGUCCGACAAGAAGAUUAUGGCAACUACCAACCAGUACUUCCUUGACUUGUUGAACAUCCUGAUUGACGUCACCACGCAGGAGCUCACCAAGUAUGAGAGGACUAAGUUUGAGACCCUCAUCACCAUCCACGUCCAUCAGAGAGACAUCUUUGAUGAUUUGGUGCGCAUGCACAUCAAGUCCACCACCGACUUUGAAUGGCUGAAGCAGUCUCGGUUCUACUUCAACGAAGACACGGACCAGUGCCUGAUCUCCAUCACCGACGUGGACUUCAUCUACCAGAUGGAACCCGUGGGCUGCACGGAGAGACUGGUCAUCACUCCACUCACUGACAGAUGUUACAUCACCCUAGCCCAGGCUCUUGGGAUGAGCAUGGGAGGUGCCCCGGCCGGCCCAGCAGGUACAGGCAAGACUGAAACCACCAAGGACAUGGGCAAAGCUCUGGGCAAGUAUGUAGUGGUCUUCAAUUGCUCGGAUCAGAUGGACUUCAGGGGACUGGGACGUAUUUACAAAGGUCUGGCCCAGUCCGGUAGCUGGGGCUGCUUUGAUGAGUUCAAUCGUAUCGAGCUGCCCGUCCUGUCGGUAGCCGCCCAGCAGAUUGCUAUCGUCUUGACCUGCAAGAAGGAACGCAAACCCAACUUCAUCUUCACCGAUGGAGACAACGUCGACAUGGAUCCUGAAUUUGGCAUCUUCUUGACCAUGAACCCCGGCUACGCCGGUCGCCAGGAGCUCCCAGAAAACCUGAAGAUUCAGUUCCGUACUGUGGCCAUGAUGGUCCCCGACAGACAGAUCAUCAUCCGCGUCAAGCUCGCUAGCUGUGGUUUCCAGGGCAAUGUGCUGCUGGCCCGUAAAUUCUACACCUUGUACAAGCUGUGCGAGGAACAGCUGACCAAACAGGUGCAUUAUGACUUUGGUCUGCGUAACAUCCUGUCCGUGCUGCGUACUCUGGGAGCAUUCAAGCGUCUCAACCCACAGGACAGUGAGUCCACAAUCGUCAUGAGAGUCCUGAGGGACAUGAACCUCUCCAAACUGGUUGACGAGGACGAGCCUCUCUUCUUAUCUCUGAUUGACGACUUGUUCCCCGGUAUGCAACUAGACAAGGCCGGCUACCCAGAUAUUGAGGCUGCCAUCGAAAAACAGGUGACUGAAGCAGGCCUCGUAAACCACGCUCCAUGGAUCCUGAAGCUCAUUCAACUGUAUGAGACGCAGCGUGUGCGUCACGGAAUGAUGACACUAGGACCUAGCGGUGCUGGCAAGACCAAAUGCAUCCAUUCAUUGAUGAAAGCCAUGUCAGAUUGUGGCGCCCCCCAUCGCGAGCUGCGUAUGAACCCCAAGGCCAUCACGGCCCCUCAGAUGUUUGGCCGGCUGGACGUCGCCACCAAUGACUGGACGGAUGGUAUCUUCUCCACACUGUGGAGGAAAACACUCAAGGGCAAAAAGGGAGAGCACAUCUGGAUAGUACUGGACGGCCCCGUAGACGCCAUCUGGAUUGAGAACCUCAACUCUGUCUUAGACGAUAACAAGACCCUGACCCUAGCCAACGGGGAUCGCAUCCCCAUGGCCCCUACCUGCAAGAUCAUCUUCGAGCCCCACAACAUUGACAACGCUUCCCCGGCCACCGUGUCUCGCAACGGUAUGGUCUACAUGAGCUCCUCUAUCAUGGACUGGGAACCCAUCCUCAAGGGCUGGCUGUUGACAAGACCCCAAGCCCAGCAGGAUGUCUUGUACAACCUCUUUGCUGAGUACUUCAAGGAAUGCUACACCAAUUCCAUGCAGAACCUCACCGCCAAAAUGGAUAUCCUAGAGUGCAUGUACAUCCGUCAGGCCGUCGACCUUCUGACUGGCCUCAUCCCCAGCGAGGACACCACCCCGUCUCGGGAACAUCUCGAGAGGCUCUUUGUCUUCUGCUUGAUGUGGUCCAUCGGCGCUCUCCUGGAGCUCGACGACCGGAAAUUGAUGGAGAAUUGGAUGAAGGAGAAAGGAGGACUCAACCUGCCCAAGAUAGACCCCAGCAGUCAGGAUACCAUCUUUGAGUAUGUGGUGAACGACGCCGGCAACUGGGAACACUGGAGUGACAGGGUUCCAGAGUAUGUCUACCCUACCGACAGUACCCCAGACUACGCCUCGAUCCUGGUUCCCAACACCGACAACGUCCGCACAGACUUCCUGAUUCACACUAUCGCCAAGCAGGACAAGGCCGUCUUGCUUAUUGGUGAGCAGGGCACGGCCAAGACCGUCGUGAUCAAAGGCUACUGUGCUAAGUAUGACCCUGAACGACAACUGUUCAAGAGCCUCAACUUCUCCUCUGCCACCACACCCAACAUGUACCAGCGUACUGUUGAAAGUUACGUGGACAAGCGCGUUGGUACAACCUACGGCCCUCCAGCAGGGAAGAAGAUGACGAUCUUUGUUGAUGACAUCAACAUGCCAGUCAUCAAUGAAUGGGGUGAUCAGAUAACCAACGAGAUCGUACGCCAGCUGAUGGAGACCCGAGGCUUCUACAACCUGGACAAGCCCGGCGACUUCACCAACAUCGUGGACAUCCAGUUCAUGGCGGCCAUGAUCCAGCCCGGCGGCGGCCGCAACGACAUCCCCCAGCGUCUCAAGAGACAGUUCAACAUCUUCAACUGCACGCUGCCUUCCAAUAACUCCAUCGAUAAGAUCUUCAGGACCGUUGGAUGCGGCCAUUACUGCAAGGAGCGCGGUUUCACUGAGGAAAUCUGUGAGUUGGCCAGUUCCUUAGUCUCCUCCACCCGCAAGCUCUGGCAGCGGGUCAAGGUCAAGAUGUUGCCCACUCCGGCCAAGUUCCACUACAUCUUCAACCUGCGUGAUCUCAGUAGAAUCUGGCAGGGUAUGCUGAAUACCGUCUCAGACGUGGUAAACUCCACCUCGGUCCUCCUUGAUCUCUGGAAGCACGAGUGCACCCGUGUCAUCGCUGAUCGCUUCACCAACAACGAAGACAAGGAUUGGUUUGAGAAGGCUCUCACUAAGCUGAUGGAGGAAGAUCUGGGCACGGCCCUGGCCGAGCAAGUGGCCAAGGAACCCUACUUUGUGGACUUCCUGAGAGAUGCACCCGAAGUCACAGGUGAAGAGCCUGAUGAUGCCGACCUGGACGCACCCAAGAUCUACGAACCUAUCGAGAGCUAUGAGCAGCUUAGCACCAGACUCAACAUGUUCAUGGCCAUAUAUAACGAGGGGAUCAGGGGUGCCAAGAUGGAUCUUGUCUUCUUCAAGGAUGCCAUGGUCCAUCUGGUCAAGAUCUCCCGUAUCAUCCGCACUCCUCAAGGCAACGCCCUCCUGGUGGGUGUGGGUGGGUCAGGCAAACAGAGCCUGACCCGUCUGGCAUCCUACAUCGCUGGGUACAAGAUCUUCCAGAUUACGCUGUCCAAGUCUUACAGCGUAGGCAACCUGAUGGACGAUCUCAAGUACCUGUACCGCACGGCCGGCCAGCAGGGACAAGGGAUCACGUUCAUCUUCACUGACAACGAGAUCAAAGACGAGGCCUUCCUGGAGUACAUGAACAAUGUGAUCGCCUCCGGAGAGGUGUCCAACUUGUUCCAGCGUGACGAGAUCGACGAGAUCACGGGGGAACUGAUCGCCGUCAUGAAGAAGGAGUACCCACGCCGCCCACCAACCAACGAGAAUCUCUACGAGUACUUCCUGACACGCGUCCGCCACAACCUGCACGUGGUGCUCUGCUUCUCGCCUGUUGGAGAGAAGUUCCGUAACCGGUCCCUCAAGUUCCCUGGCCUGUUCUCGGGCUGCACCAUGGACUGGUUCAGCCGCUGGCCCAAGGACGCCCUGAUUGCCGUCUCCCAACACUUCCUGUCCUCCUUCAAGAUUGAGUGCACCGAUCAGGUCAAGGCUAGCGUGGUCAACUCCAUGGGAAGCUUCCAGGAUUUGGUAGCUGAGACCUGCGUGGAAUACUUCCAGCGUUACCGUCGCCAGACCCACGUGACUCCCAAGUCCUAUCUGUCCUUCAUUGAUGGCUACAAGUCUAUCUACAAUGAGAAACUGGACGCCAUCGGGGUCCUGGCUCAGAGAAUGAAGACAGGUCUGGCCAAGCUGGUCGAGGCCACCCACUCGGUCAACGAGCUGAGCAAGGAACUGGUGGUCAAGGAGAAGGAAUUGGCCGUAGCGUCCAAGAAAGCUGACCAGGUGCUGGCCGAGGUGACGGUCAGCGCUUCGGCCGCAGAGAAGGUCAAAGCCCAGGUCCAGAAGGUCAAGGAUAAAGCCCAGGCCAUUGUGGACGACAUCAAUGUUGACAAGGCCCAGGCCAUGGAGAAACUAGAAGCAGCCAAGCCGGCCCUAGAGGAAGCCGAGGCGGCCCUGAACACCAUCAAACCGGCCCACAUCUCCACCGUCCGUAAGCUGGCCAAGCCCCCACACCUCAUCAUGCGUAUCAUGGACUGCGUGCUGCUUCUGUUCCAGCGUCGGUUGGAACCAACCAUCAUGGAUCCUGAGAAGCCAAGCCCUAAGCCUGCCUGGGGCGAUGCCCUCAAGCUCAUGGGUGGUAGCACCUUCCUGAAGGACUUGCUGAGUUUCUCCAAGGACUCCAUUAACGGGGAGACAGUGGAGUUACUUCAGCCCUACCUGACCAUGGACGACUACAACUUGGAGUCGGCCAAGAAGUCCUGUGGUGACGUCGCUGGUCUCUGCUCCUGGACCGUAGCCAUGGCCUUCUUCUUUGGAAUCAACAAGGAAGUCCUGCCUCUGAAGGCCAACUUGACCAUCCAAGAGGCGCGUCUCAACAAGGCCAUGUUCUCCCUCAAGGAAGCCCAAGACCAGCUCGAUGAGAAGCAGAAGGAGCUCGACGUGGUGCAGGCCAUGUACGACGCGGCCAUCUCAGAGAAACAAACCCUGCUAGACGAUGCCGACAGCUGCCGGAGGAAGAUGACCAACGCCACGGCGCUGAUUGAAGGACUGGGUGGGGAGAAGGUGCGAUGGACGGAGGCUAGUAAGCGCUUCCAAGACCAGAUCAACAGGUUGGUGGGUGAUGUUCUCCUGGCUACUGGUUUCCUGUCCUACUCUGGACCCUUCAACCAGGAAUUCCGUAACCUCCUGCUCAAGAGCUGGAAGAAAGAGAUGAUGAUCAAUAAGAUCCCGUACAGUGAUGAACUCAACAUCACUGGCAUGCUGGUGGACAACACCACCGUUGGAGAAUGGAACCUGCAGGGUCUACCCAACGAUGAACUCUCCACCCAGAAUGGUAUCAUCGUGACCAAAGCCACCCGGUACCCACUCUUGAUUGAUCCCCAGGGCCAAGGCAAGGUCUGGAUCAAGAACAAGGAAGCUGCCAACGAGCUACAGGUGACUUCCUUGAACCACAAGUACUUCCGAACCCAUCUUGAGGACAGUCUGUCCCUAGGGCGCCCUCUAUUGAUUGAGGAUAUCGGUGAGGAGCUGGAUCCUGCACUGGACAACGUUCUGGAGAAGAACUUCAUCAAGUCUGGAUCAACUUUCAAGGUGAAAGUGGGUGACAAGGAGUGCGACGUGAUGAAUAACUUCCGCCUGUACAUGACCACCAAGCUGGCUAACCCGGCCUACACCCCAGAGAUCAGCGCCCGUACUUCCAUCAUUGACUUCACUGUCACCAUGAAGGGGUUGGAAGACCAGCUGCUGGGCAUUGUCAUCCUGACUGAGAAACAGGAAUUGGAAGCAGAGCGCACCAAGCUGAUGGAGGAAGUCACGGCCAACAAGCGCAAGAUGCAGGAACUAGAGGACAACCUCUUGUACCGACUGACCAGCACGGAGGGCUCCCUCGUGGAAGACGAGUCCCUCAUCGAGGUGCUGCGCGUCACCAAGAUCACCGCCGAGGACGUGAGCGAGAAGCUGACCAUCGCUGCCGAGACGGAGAUCAGGAUCAAUACAGCCAGAGAGGAGUUCAGACCUGUUGCCACCCGAGGCAGCACCCUGUACUUCUUGAUCACUGAGAUGAGCAUGGUGAACGUCAUGUACCAGACUUCUCUCAAGCAGUUCUUGGGCAUCUUUGACAUUUCAAUGGCCAGAUCUCAGAAGAGUCCAAUCACCUCCAAGCGUAUCGCCAACAUUAUCGAGUACAUGACUUAUGCAGUCUUCACCUACACGGCCCGAGGGUUGUAUGAGAACCACAAGUUCCUCUUCACCAUCCUCCUUGCUCUCAAGAUUGAUAUGCAGGGGGGCAAGAUCAAGCACAACGAGUUCCAGACAUUCAUCAAAGGUGGUGCCUCCUUGGACCUGAACGCCGUGGAACCCAAACCCAGGAAGUGGAUCCUAGACAUGACCUGGCUGAACCUGGUCCAGCUGAGCAAGCUGCCCCAGUUCAAUCAGAUCGUCGGCCAGGUAGCUCGCAACGACAAGGCCUGGAAGCAGUGGUUUGACGAGGACGCGCCCGAGGAGGCUACCAUACCAGAUGGAUAUUCCUCGUCCCUGGACGUCUUCCGUAAGCUGCUGCUGGUCAGGUCCUGGUGCCCGGACAGGACCAUUCCGCAGGCUAGGAAGUACAUCGCUGACUCUAUCGGGGUCAAGUUUGCGGAGGGCGUGAUCUUAAACAUGGAGAAGAUGUGGGAGGAGAGCGACCCCAAGACACCCAUGGCCUGCUUCCUGUCCAUGGGAUCCGACCCCACCGCCUCCAUCGAGGGACUCGCUAAGAAGAUGAACAUCCGUUGUCGUUCCAUUAGCAUGGGUCAGGGCCAGGAGGUGCACGCCCGCAAGCUGCUCAACGGUUUCAUGACAGAAGGCGGAUGGGUCCUGCUUCAGAACUGCCAUCUUGGCCUGGGAUUCCUGGAUGAACUUCUGGACACGAUCCUGUCUGGGGAGAAUGUUCAUGAGUCCUUCCGUCUGUGGAUCACCACCGAGGAACAUCCCAAGUUCCCCAUCAACCUGCUGCAGGUGUCCAUCAAGUACACUAACGAGCCUCCCCAGGGCAUCAAGGCAGGACUUAAGAGAACCUAUGCCGGUAUCACACAGGAGCAACUAGAAGUCUCCACCAUGAUGCAAUGGAAGCCUAUCCUGUACGCCGUGGCCUUCCUGCACACCACCGUGCAGGAGAGACGCAAGUUUGGCCCUCUGGGAUGGAACAUCCCUUACGAGUUCAACCAGGCUGAUUUCACAUCCAGCGUGCAGUUUGUCAACAAUCACCUGGAUGACUUGGACAUUAAGAAGGGUGUGUCUUGGAACACCAUUCGCUACAUGUUGGGUGAGGUCCAGUACGGUGGCCGCGUGACCGACGAUUACGACAAACGUCUCCUCAACACCUACGCCAGGGUCUGGUUCUCGGAAGACAUGUUCUCAGACAAAUUCAAGUUUUAUACAGGUUAUACUAUUCCCAAGUGUCGCAGCGUGGACGAGUACCGCGGCGCUAUCGAGAACCUUCCAUUGGUGGACUCGCCCGAGGCCUUUGGCUUACAUCCAAACGCUGACAUCACGUACCAGACCAACAUGGCUACCGAGGUAUUGGAGCUGAUUGUCAACAUCCAGCCCAAGGACAGUGGCAGUGGCGGUGGGGAGACUCGUGAGUCUUUUGUCUACAGACAAGCCGACGAAAUGUUGGAGAAACUGCCUCCUAAUUACAUUCCUCAUGAGGUCAAAGCCCGUCUGCAGAAGAUGGGCAUCCUGUCCCCGCUUAACAUCUUCCUGCGCCAGGAGAUCGACCGGAUGCAGCGGGUCAUCAGCACGGUCCGCUCCACCCUCAUGGACCUCAAGCUGGCCAUCGACGGCACCAUCAUCAUGAGCGAGAACCUCCGAGACGCUCUGGACAACAUCUACGAUGCCAGGGUGCCUCAGAGCUGGAAGAAGAUAUCUUGGCAGUCCACUACCCUCGGUUUCUGGUUCACCGAUCUGAUUGAAAGGAACGCCCAGUUCCACACCUGGUGCUUUGAGGGACGUCCCAGCGUCUUCUGGAUGACUGGCUUCUUCAAUCCACAGGGCUUCUUGACAGCCAUGAGACAGGAGAUCACACGAGCUCACAAGGGCUGGGCAUUGGACAGCGUGGUGCUCCAUAACGACAUGACCAGGUUCAUGAAGGAGGACAUCAGCGGCCCACCCCCUGAAGGUGUCUACGUCCAUGGCCUCUUCCUGGACGGGGCCGGCUGGGACCGCCGCAACUGCAAACUCAUCGACUCCCCUCCAAAAGUCCUCUUCACUCCCCUCCCCGUGGUCCACGUCUACGCCAUCAACGCCGUCGGGCCCAAGGACCCCAGACUCUACGAGUGCCCAGUCUACAGCAAGCCCAGACGUACCGAUCUCACGUACAUCUUCCCGCUGUUCCUGAAGACCGUCCAUCACCCAGAUCACUGGAUCUUGAGGGGUGUGGCUUUGCUCUGCGACACCAAGUAAAAAAAGGGGGGUAGAGCUGCUUGCUUUAUUCAUUAUUUUUUAAUUAAGUUUGAUAUUUUAAAGCUUUUUUGUGUGAAAGCUAUUGCAUGCGUUUGCUGGGUAGUUGUCUUCAAAUUUAUUGAAAUGUGUGAUAAAAAAAUAAAAUUUCAAUAAAUUGUCGGCUUGAAAAUGAUAUUGUAAGCAUUUUUUUAAAGUUUUUGUCUUCAAAUCAAUUACAAUAGUUAAAAAUAAAAUAUAUUCUGAAUUAAAUUUCAAUAAAUUGUCGGUUUUGUAAAUGCAAUGAAGUUUACAAUUAUAAACAUGUAUUGUUUAUUUGUUGCUGCUCCAACUUAUUUUUGUUAUCAAGUGAAAUGCCUCUCCCCUGUAAUAUUACUUAUUACAAACUAACCUCCUCGUGUGCACUUUAAUUGAUUAAUACACGUGAGUUUGAUGACAAAUGUUCAAUGAAAGAAAACCGUCCAACUUAAACCGUCCAAAUAUAGUCUGGUAAUCUAAUUAAAUUUUAUUAUAACUAUAUAAUUUGUGGCAUUUGGUGAGAAAAAAAAAAUGUAUUGUAAAUGUCAGUGCUUAGUGCUUUUUUGUGGUUUGCGGAAUAAAAUAUAUUUUGUGUUAUGCAAUUAACGCUGCGGUUUGUACGCUUUAUAUUAAUUGAAAGAAGUAAUCUUUUAAAGUGGUUAAGUCGUUCAAAAAGAGAAAUUGCUUUUUGCUUUAUGUCUGCUGUGGCAUUAAAUUUAUCUUGUAGAAGUUUGUGUCGUGUGAAGACAAUAUAUAACCUCACUGAACUGAAUGAAUAUACACAAAUUGUAUUCCAUUUGUAUUUUUAAAGUAUUUCAGCAAUAUACAUAUCCAGCAUUGUGAAUUUUAACUUCCAGAAUUUUUUUAACAACUGACACUUCCAUCCCGAUUUCCCAGUGCCUUCAUAUCUCGACUAAUUGCGUCCAUAAAAAGAUAUAUAACUUACUGUUUUAUUUAUAUUACAAGCACGUGCUCUUAGCUUUUUCGUUAAAAAUCAGAUUUCCGUCCAAUUAACAAAGAUGAACUUAUUGUAAUGCUAAUUCUAAAAAAAAAAAUGCUAAAAUUUGAUAUUUUUGUAACUGGAAUGCUUUUCUCUGAACUGAAAUUCUCUGAAACUGGUUUUGUUUUUUGUUCUUUUCACGUGUGGGUUUGUUGUAUUUAUCCAUUUGUCCAACAAAAGUACUUACUUUAUGUAGACGUAUUCACCACCCAAUUUGAUAAUUAAUUAAUUAAUGUUACAAUUGGCCAAAUAACUUUUUCAUAAUGUAAAUUUAACAUAUAAUUCUGAUGGCCUAGAGUAAGUUGAAUGAAUACAAACAAUUCAAAAUUGAGACAAGUAUUUUCAAAUGAUCCGUCCAGAUGAAUGUUUGAUUUAAAUAUGCAAGUUCUACCUUGGAAAAUAAACUUGAAUAAUUUCUUCAUUAAAACUAAAUAUA